AUGAAGCUCCUCUACCCUACCUCCCUCGUGCUCGACGUUGACAGCCUCAAGGGCUUCUCCGUCGACCUCCAGCCCUACGAUGUCAAGCAGCUCAUCCCAGAGGAACUCAUCGACGCCGAGAUCCUCGUCACCUGGACAAAUACGGCCGAGAACCUCAAAGAUGCCGCCGCACGCAUGAAGAACCUUCGUUGGAUUCAGUCCCUGGCGGCCGGCCCCAACGAUGUGCUCAACGCCGGUUUCGACUCGUCCAGGAUUGCCAUCACCACCGGCUCCGGCCUUCACGACUACACUGUUGCGGAGCACGCCCUGGGCCUCCUGCUCAACGCCGCUCGUCGCUUCUACGAGAUGCGCGACUACCAGCUCCAGGGCAAGUGGCCCGGCCACCUCGGCGGCCCUCAGCCCGACCGCCCCGCCGACCGCUUCACCUCCCUGCGCGGCGCCAACGUUCUCAUCUGGGGCUACGGCAACAUUGCCAAGACCCUGACCCCCCACCUAGUCGGCCUCGGCGCCAAAGUCCGCGGUGUCGCGCGCAACGCCGGCGUCCGCAACGGUAUCGAGGUGUUCGCAGAGGACAGCCUGCCUACGCUCCUCAAGGAGACUGACGCGCUCGUCAUGAUCCUGCCGGGCUCCGACUCCACGCGCCACGCUCUGAACGCUGAGCGUCUUGCUCUUCUGCCCAAGCACGCCUGGGUUGUCAACGUCGGCCGCGGCACGUCCGUCGACGAGGAGGCGCUGUUCCAGGCGCUGACGAAGGAGGAGAUUGGCGGUGCGGCGCUCGAUGUCUUCGACACGGAGCCGCUGCCUGGUUCGAGCAAGCUGUGGAAGGCGCCUAACCUGAUUGUCUCGCCCCAUGCUGCAGGCGGUAGGCCGCAGGAUGCCGAGGCGCUGAUUGCGGAUAAUCUGAGGCGGUUCUCUGCGGGCCAGCGUCUGAAGAGUUUGAUGUAA